UUGGUGUCCACGACGGGAACACCGAAGAGGAAAAAGACGUACAUCCAACGGCGAUAAUGUUAUGGUUCUUGGUGUAGUAAUAAAUCUUUGUCAUCCACUGAAGCCUUCACCAUCUUCACCUAGGGGCCCCAUCUUCAUUCUCUACUUCUCUAACAAAUCACGCAGCUUCUACAGGCCGUGCAGCUGUGAAUCUGAAUGGCGAGAUGUCGACUUUUAUGCUAAAAGCUGUGGUGACAUUGGUAUUCGGUCUCAUCAGUUCUGCUAA